UCCGGUGCUGUGAGCGCUUCGCUGCGCUGCGCUUCACGGGGCUUCCCAUAGGCUACGACCGCACGUUAAUUAACUUCUCACGGUCCGGUUAUUGUCCCGUUAUUCCACGGUGUAAGAAUUUAAAAUCAGUGAAAACUCAAAGUGGAGUUUUUUUUCUCCCAAGUUUCACACUCCGGCUGUUGUGAAGAAAAACGCGACUGCAGCGAGUGGUUCCAGCGCGGCUCCAGUUUGAAGCAGCCCACGCAGGUGUAGGCUCAUUCCGCUGCUAAUAACCGUCCUGUCGCCGGAGAGGAUGGCUCUGCACACGGUCAAUGGGAGUGCGGCGGACGUGUCUGCGGGCUGUGCGCAGCAGGGGAACUUCAGCAUGGAAGUCACCGACUACAAUAUCAGCUGCAAUAACGGCUCUGUCCUCCCCAGCCCGGCCAGAGGAGUAAACGACAUGGACUCUUUCCGCAUCCUGCUCUACUCUCUCAUCUUCCUUCUCAGCGUCUUCGGCAACCUGCUGAUCAUCGUGGUCCUGAUGCUGAACAAGCGUAUGCGGACCGUCACCAACUCCUUCUUGCUGUCGCUGGCGGUCAGCGACCUCAUGAUGGCCAUCUUCUGCAUGCCUUUCACCCUCAUCCCCAACAUCCUGAAGGACUUCAUCUUCGGAGAGGCCAUGUGCAAGACUAUGUCCUACUUUAUGGGGCUCUCUGUCAGCAUCUCCACCUUCAGCCUUGUGGCCAUUGCCAUUGAGCGAUACAGCGCCAUCUGUAACCCGCUGAAGUCCCGUGCGUGGCAGACCCGAUCCCACGCCUACCGCGUCAUCGCUGCCACCUGGGUGGUGUCACUGCUAAUCAUGGUGCCCUACCCGGUGUUCAGUGUCCUCAAGUCUUUCCCCAAGGCCAACGGUACUCUUGGCCACAUGUGUCGCCAGGACUGGCCCAGCGGGCAAGCUGAGCAGACCUGGUAUGUGUUGCUGCUGUUCACUCUGUUCUUCAUCCCGGGAGUGGUAAUGAUGGUAGCGUACGGUUUGAUCUCCAGAGAGCUCUUCCGAGGCAUUCACUUUGAGCUGGGCCAGAACAGAGAGACCACCGGCCAGAAGAACGGUGUAGGAAAGGCUGUCACAGGGUCCAACGAUGAGGACGAUGGUUGCUACAUCCAGGUGUCUAAAAAACCCUCCUCUGCUGUGGAGCUCCCCACCCUCUCUGCCUCAUCUGGCGCCACCCGGGUCAAAACUGAGCGCCCCCGCAGCAACACCUCAGAGGCCAAGCUGCAGGCUAAGAGGCGAGUCAUCCGCAUGCUGAUGGUGAUCGUGGCACUCUUCUUCAUCUGUUGGAUGCCCCUGUUCUCCGCCAACACCUGGAAGGCCUUUGACCUGAGGUCAGCCUCCAAAGCCCUCACAGGAGCGCCCAUCUCCUUCAUCCACCUGCUGUCCUACACCUCGGCCUGCGUUAACCCCAUCAUUUACUGCUUCAUGAAUACCCGUUUCCGCAAGGCCCUGCUGUCCACCUUCGCCUGCUGCUGCCGCAACCGGCUCUGCCGCUGGUGGUGCAGGAGGAAGGAGGGAGGAGAAGACGGCGUCACCGCCACCUCCAUGGCGACCUCCAUGGCCACCUCCAUGUCCAAGUUUAGCUACACCACCGUCAGCACCACGGGCACCUGUUGA